AUGGAUAAAAAAGAGCACCAAUUCCAUCCUCUUGACAUUUGCAACAGGUUCUACAACUUUGUCACGAAAAUUGUCUCAGCACAUGCCUUCAAGACUGUGAAAUUAGGCCAUCCUAUGCACCAAAACUUGGCCAAACCACAGAAUGGGGCUAGGGCUAUCCAUGAGAGUAAUCAGAAGGUGCACCCCAGGAUUCAAGGGGUGGCACCUGGUUGUGAAGAUGUAAAACAAGCCAAUAGUUUGAAGAGUUCAGACACUUUUCCCUCUUCUUGCUCUUCUAGCAAUGAUCACGAGCAAGAUGGCAAGGAGCUACCCACAGUUCAAGAAAACGAUGCCAGUCUUGGAACAAGACUACAAGAGGAAGCACCAUUGCCUUAUUCGCUUGUCCCACAAGCAAAUCCAACCAAGCUCAAGAAAAAUGUUAGCAUAAAUGAAAGGGUGGAGGAGAUAGAUACGAGGAAGAAAAUGAGGAGGAGGAAGUCAACUGAAAAACUGCCUUCAAUUGACCUGGAAGAAGACAUUGUUCAUCCUGUGAAAUCAAUUCUCAAGAAGGAUUCUGACUCGGGUCCACAGCUUGUAACUUUGAAGUGUUGUUGCAAAGUAAGGGAAAUGGAGACUCAAGAGGGAAUUGUUCAAAAGCCCAUGAUUGAUUUUCAUGGUAUUGAUGAAGAAUUGGUUCAAAAGAUGGUUUAUGAUGCUCUUGUUUGGAGUUCUCUUCAUGGCCUUGUUGUUGGUGAUAGAAGUGUUCAGAGAUCAGGGAAAGUACCUGGUGUGGGCUUGGUACAUGCGCCAUUUGCCUUGUUGCCUAUGUCAUUCCCGGAAAGCCAUUGGAAGCUAGCAUGUGAAGUAGCACCUAUCUUCAAUGAACUCAUUGAUCGUGUGAGUUUGGAUGGGAAAUUUCUACAGAAUGCUUUAUCCAGAACGAAGAAAGUGGAUGUCUUUACAUCGAGGCUUUUAGAUAUUCAUUCCAAGAUGCUAGAAAUUAACAAGACAGAAGAGAUACGCUUGGGUUUACACCGAUCAGAUUAUAUGCUUGAUGAACAAACUAAAUUACUCCUCCAAAUAGAGCUAAAUACAAUUUCAUCUUCAUUUCCUGGCCUCGGUUGUCUUGUCAGUGACCUUCACAGGAGUUUGCUUAAGUACCAUGGAGAACAUAUUGGAUUAGAUUCCAGAAGAAUACCUGGAAACCCUUCUGUUGAUAAGUUUGCAGAAGCGCUGGCUAAAGCUUGGACUGAGUAUAAUAACUCUAGGGCUUUAGUUAUGGUGGUUGUUCAACCUGAAGAACGCAACAUGUAUGAUCAACAUUGGCUUUGUGAGGCAUUGAAGGAAAGAUAUCCUUUUCACAUGCAAUAUUGUCUCUCAUGUCUUUAUAACACACAUAAUGUGAAAACUGUUCGGAAAACAUUGGCAGAAAUUGAUGAGGAAGGGGAAAUUCUACCAGAUGGAACUCUUCUUGUAGGUGGCCAAGAAAUUUCAGUUGUUUAUUUUAGAGCUGGGUAUGCACCUUCUGAUUAUCCUUCAGAAGCUGAAUGGAGAGCUAGGGUCCUUAUGGAGCAGUCGUUAGCUGUCAAGUGCCCAUCAAUAUCUUAUCAUUUGGCAGGAACAAAAAAGGUUCAACAAGAACUUGCAAAACCCAAUAUGCUUGAAAGAUUUCUAAAGAACAAAGAGGACAUUGCCAAACUGCGGAAAUGCUUUGCUGGAUUAUGGAGUCUGGAUGAUCCAGAUAUCAUCAAAAAAGCCAUUGAGAGGCCCGAGCUCUUUGUGAUGAAGCCCCAAAGAGAAGGGGGAGGGAACAAUAUCUACGGUGAUGAUGUGAGGACAAACCUUCUAAGAUUGCAGAAGGAAGGAGGCGAAGAGGAUGCUGCUUACAUCCUCAUGCAAAGAAUUUUUCCUACUGUUUCGCCCACAUUUUUGGUGCGUGAGGGCAUUUCUCACAAAGAUUUUGCCAUAUCAGAACUUGGAGUAUAUGGUGCUUACUUGAGGAACAAGGAGAAAGUUAUUGUAAAUGAGCAGUGUGGAUACUUGAUGCGGACAAAGGUAUCUUCAUCAAAUGAGGGUGGAGUUGCAGCUGGAUUUGCAGUCUUGGACAGAUAUCCAAGUGCAGUAGCAGAUAUUGCAAAGGAUGAGGCACUGUAUGUGGCAAUAAAAUGUGAUGCAGGAAACAUAAACCUAUAG